AUGGACGGCUCCCGGCGAGACGAAGCGAGUGGCGACACAGCGGCGAGCUGCUCCAAGUUCGAGAGAAGCCAGGGAGGACGGGGACAGGGGGAAGGAGGACGCCGAACUACAGGAGAGGAAGCAGAGGCGCAGACAGCACGGACGGUAGCGGCACGGCGGCAGAACCAUUGCAGGGAGAACUUAGGAUUUUGGUUGGAUGAAUUUGACGUUCAGAGUUCACGAGAAUGGAAAUAUCGGUUAGGUUCUCGUAACAUUGGUUUUGUUGGCUCUGCUCGCCUCCACUCAGCGGUGACUGCAUUGAUGAUGAGUGAGUCAGCUUUUUCCUGCGAUUUUGUUCUGUCAGAUUUGCCUGGAUUUACACGCAGCGUUUAUAAGAGUGAUCAUGCUUUGAUAACACCAGAAAGUCAAGUCUAUAGCCCAUUACCGGAUUGGAUCAAUACAUCCGGGGCAUAUUUAGUUACACCAGAAAUGGGUUCACAUUUUGUAAUGUACCUGGCUAAAUUGAAAGAGAAUUCUAGAUCAGGAUUACCCCCGCAUGGUGUUGAGAGAUUAAUCUUUGUGCUCCAAGGUGGUGUCACACUCACUACUGCCGGCAACAGCCAUAUUCUGAAGGUGGAUUCUUAUGCUUAUUUACCUCCAAAUUUUGAACAUUCCAUUGAAAGUGAUUCUCCUGCUACUAUUGUUGUAUUUGAACGAAGAUAUGCUCCACUACAAAAUCUCGUCCCAGAGCCAGUGGUUAGUUCAACAGAUAGACAGCCACUCCUUGAAACACCAGGCGAGAUUUUUGAACUGCGGAAGCUUCUCCCUACAUCUUUGGCAUAUGACUUCAAUAUCCAUAUUAUGGAUUUUCAACCUGGGGAAUAUCUCAAUGUCAAGGAAGUGCAUUACAACCAGCAUGGUUUGCUGCUGUUGGAAGGGCAGGGGAUUUAUCGUUUGGGCGACAGUUGGUACCCAGUUCAAGCAGGUGAUGUCAUUUGGAUGGCACCAUUUGUUCCACAAUGGUAUGGUGCCUUAGGAAAAACUCGAUCACGUUAUCUCUUGUACAAAGACGUGAACAGAAGCCCAUUAUAAUCACAUGUUGGUAUUCAGAUGAACAACAUGAAUGAUAUUGGCCACCUUAGCUGAUGUUAUAAAUAAAAAGGUUUGUUUCUGAAUACAUCUAAUUCUUCAUAAAGUGUAAAUUACUUUAUUAACUUUGCUUCAGUGCAAUUUCGUUUUGGGCAUGCCUUGAACAAACAUAUCUGUGUACGAAAUUAGCUUUCAUGCUUCAUCUUUCAUUUUCAGCAUUGGUUUGAGUUUUUCAUCGA